UCACUUUUCAAAUACUCUUCACAACACAAAAACAAACCUCUUCUAUAUAAAUCAAAAUGUCUUUCCACCUCUCCGCCGAAGAUAUCCGCAUUGAUGACAACCACAUCCUCAGAGCCCGUCUCAGAAACGAGAACGGUGACUGGGAAGAUGCUGAGAUUGAUCUCAACCAACACAUUGGAAACCAAAAUGGCAUGAUUCACUGGGAUGGCGAGAACUUCUCCCACAGCGCUGAAAACGUCACAUUCUCCAUCGAGGGUGGUGGACAAGUCCCAGUUCUCCGCACUUUCCUCCGCAGCAUCGACGGCGAAGAGUUCAGCCGUGAUGUCAACCUUGCUGAGCGUAUUGAGAACCACAACGGACGAUUUGUUUAUGGUAUGUAUCCUCUAGCCAUUGGAGCUUACGAAAGACUUUUGCUAACAUAUGAUCAGUUUAAAUGUUAUAUGCUUUAG